UAGGAAGACGUGGAAAUGUGCAGCUCCCAGAAAUUAACGAGGACGUGGUACAAAUUUAAACAGCGCUUUGUAAAACUAUAGAUCUGUCUAAAGUAACUUGAUAUGCAAUCAGUAAACAAACUGGUGCUGAUCAGAGCACCUGGAAUCGCGUACGCUGUAGAAAGGAUGGGUGAUACGGUCAACCAAAGCGGCACGUUUAACCGGUCCUUGAUGUACCAGGACAGGUUCAGCAACCUGGAGGACAUAGACGUGACUGCCGACGGGAGUCCGGUUCUCCGGAUCCUAAUCUCCAUCGUGUACUCUGUAGUAUGUGCCGUAGGCUUAGUGGGGAACUUGCUGGUCUUCUUCUUAAUGAAGGUGAGACAGGUGAGGAAGAAAUCAAGCAUAAACUUUUUCAUCCUCAACCUGGCCGUGACAGACUUCCAGUUUGUGCUGACCUUGCCAUUUUGGGCGGUGGACACUGCGCUGGAUUUCAGCUGGCCCUUUGGAAACGCGAUGUGCAAAAUAAUCCUGUCGAUCACGGUGAUGAACAUGUACGCCAGCGUCUUCUUCCUCACUGCGAUGAGCGUGACCCGCUACUGGUCCGUGGCUUCAGCCCUGAAGAAUCGGAUGCCCCGGUCGUCCCGAUCGGUCAAGUGGAUCAGCGCACUCAUGUGGCUCUGCGCAACUCUGGCCACGGCACCAACGUCUAUCUUCUCCACCGUGACGAACGUAGCCGGGGAGAAAUUGUGCCUGUUGAAAUUCCCCGAUGGCCAGCACUGGCUAGCACUUUAUCACCUUCAGAAGAUCCUAAUCGCCUUUGUUUUGCCCAUGUUAAUCGUUUCCGUGUGCUAUCUACUGCUUCUGCGCUUCGUCAGCCAGCGCGCCAUGAACAACAACCACCCGAGGCGGACAUCUAGGGUCACCAGAUCAGUCACUACCGUUGUGCUUUCCUUUUUCCUUUGCUGGAUGCCAAACCACGCCAUUACUUUCUGGGGCGUCUUAGUCAAAUUCAACGUGGUCUACUGGGACAGAACAUACUACAUGAUCCAUACUUACGUGUUCCCGGUGACUGUGUGCCUUGCACAUGCCAACAGCUGCUUAAAUCCAGUUCUCUACUGUCUCAUGAGGAGGGAGUUCAGGAAAAUCUUGAAGGAUCUCUUCUGGCGGAUUUCAUCACCCGCUAUUUCUAACAGCUGCCAGAUACACCCAUUUUCUGCCACCUUGAAAGCGGAGCAGGACGAGACGCAGGCGGAGAUACCGCUGGAUGCGCUGGACGCCGAACGCUGUAGAGACCGGCAGUGUGAUUUGCUGCCGUCCUCGAGCGCCAUGCAGUCCAGAUAAAGCGCAACUACUUUACUCUAAGUUUUCUCCAUUUAACAACUCUUCUCUAUUUUCUUUGAAAUCCGUGAAAGAUGGUAAAUUAUUUGUGAACCAAGUGUAAAAUGCACAGCGCCACUUUUUUAUUUGCAUUUUGGUUUGCUCUGCCUUUAUCAGUCCCCAUAAAUGUUUGAUUUGCAUUUCAUGGCUUUACAUUUUAUAUACGCACGAAAUGCCUUUUGUUAACGUAAAUAGGAAUGAACGAAAAUCGUACGUUUUUUCCCCAACAGCGAAACAUAAGAAACGUGCUUUCGCCACAUGCUGCAAUAUUUACGCAUGCAGGUUCUCUUCGUUAUCAGCACUUUAAACACUUGAUUGUGCUUCGGGUUUGUGUCUUCGUUUUGACAUUCACGGUUAAAUAUCCACAAAUAAUAAGAAAUAUUCUAUGUGAGUAAUAUAUCCGCAAUGAUAUUGUUGAUGAAGUCG